AUGCUGUUCCUGGAGGUUAUACUGAUUGCUCUUUUUACUAGGGCACAAGAGCCUGUUUGUGUUGUACGAGGAAAACCAGAAUUUCCACAGUUAUCAAAGGAUGGAGACAUUGUAAUUGGAGGGAUUUUUUCGUUCCACAGCAGCUGGAAUGGUACAAAAACAACCUUUGAAACCGUGCCUGGAUCUUUGGAAUGUAAACAUUUAAAUUACAGAGAUUUUCAGUUUGCCCAAACCAUGAUAUUUGCCAUUGAAGAAAUCAAUAACAGUACAGAAAUCCUUCCUGGUGUUUCCUUGGGCUAUAAAAUCUAUGAUUCUUGUGGUUCUGUAACCCUGUCUAUAAGAGCAGCAAUGGCUUUAGUGAAUGGGCAAGAAGAAACACUCACUGAUAAGCCGUGCAACAAAACAGCUACUGUUCAAGCUAUAAUAGGAGAGUCUGCAUCAACACCAACUAUAGCAAUCUCAAGUACAAUCGGACCAUUCCUAAUACCAGUGAUAAGUCAUUUUGCUACAUGUGCCUGCCUGAGCAACAGAAAUAAAUUCCCAGCAUUUUUCAGAACCAUACCAAGUGAUUAUUAUCAAAGCAGAGCCCUGGCACAGCUUGUGAAGCAUUUUGGAUGGACUUGGGUUGGAGCAAUCAGAAGUGACAAUGAUUAUGGCAACUCUGGAAUGGCUACUUUUGUGCAAGCUGCGCAAGAAGAGGGGGUUUGCAUUGAAUAUUCAGAGGCCUUUUUAAGAACUGAUCAGAGAGAGAACAUUCUCGCAAUUGUAGAUAUUAUAAAAAUGUCCACCUCAAAGGUUGUUGUUGCUUUCGCCUAUCACUUAGACAUGGAUAUUUUGUUACAUGAGCUGGCACUUCAAAAUGUUACUGGCUUGCAGUGGCUAGGCAGCGAAUCUUGGAUUACCGACAGAUAUCUGGCAUCAUCAGGCUAUACAGUUCUGGCUGGGGCAAUUGGGUUUGCCAUUGGUAAUGCAGUUAUUACAGGCUUGAAGGAAUUUCUACUGAAUGUCCGUCCAUCUGAUGACCCUGACAACCCAUUUCUGAAGGAGUUUUGGGAAUCUGUUUUUAGCUGUACCCUGACUAGUCAACAUGAUAAUAGAAAUCCAUGCACAGGGUUUGAGAAUUUAAGUGAAGUAAAUAACCAGUACACAGAUGUAUCUGGGUUGGAAAUUUCGAAUAAUGUAUAUAAAGCGGUGUAUGCUGUGGCCAAUUCACUACACAAUCUUUUUGCAUGCAAAACUGGACAAGGUCCUUUUACUGACAAGUCUUGUGCAAACUUGACAAAGAUUGAACCAUGGCAGGUACUACAUUAUCUGCAAAGAGUUCAUUUUACAAGUAAAAAUGGCGAGAAAGUCUACUUUGACAAUAAUGGAGAUCCAGCACCAGCAUAUGAAUUAGUAAACUGGCAGCUUAAUAAAGAUGGAAUCACUGAAUUUGUCACAGUAGGUUACCAUGAUGCAUCUUUACCAGCAGGACAGCAGUUUACAAUAAAAAAUAUCAGCAUUGUUUGGGCAGAUGGGCAGAGUAAGGUGCCUAAAUCAGUGUGCAGUGAGAGCUGUCCUCCAGGCACUCGGAAGGCUGUUCAGAAAGGAAAGCCUGUUUGUUGCUUUGACUGCAUACCAUGUGGUGCAGGAGAAUUCAGUAACACAACAGAUUCCAUUUAUUGUUUUAAGUGUGACCCGGAAUACUGGUCGAAUGAGCGAAGAAAUCAGUGCAUCUUAAAGGCAAUUGAAUUCCUAUCAUUUCAUGAAAUCAUGGGCAUAUUAUUAAUCAUACUGUCAUUAUUUGGAGUGUGUGUAACACUAUCAGUAGUUACUGUUUUCUUUCAUUACAGAGAUACCCCCAUUGUUAAAGCUAAUAACUCUGAACUCAGUUUCCUUCUUCUGUUUUCAUUAGCACUGUGUUUCCUUUGUUCACUUACUUUCAUUGGCCAGCCCUCUGAGUGGUCCUGCAUGUUGCGUCAUACUGCCUUUGGGAUCACAUUUGUCCUGUGUCUCUCUUGUGUUCUGGGGAAAACAAUAGUUGUGUUAAUGGCAUUCAGGGCUACACUUCCUGGUAAUAAUAUGAUGAAAUGGUUUGGACCUGCCCAGCAGCGGUUAAGUGUUUUUGCAUUCACAUUCAUUCAGGGUUUAAUAUGCACAGUUUGGCUAACACUAUCCCCCCCUUUUCCUAAUAAAAACAUGAUAUACUAUAAAGAAAUAAUCAUUUUAGAGUGUGACCUGGGAUCUGCAGCAGCAUUUUAUGCUGUGUUAGGGUAUAUUGGGUUUCUUGCUGCCAUGUGCUUUGUGCUCGCUUUUCUGGCUCGUAAGCUUCCAGAUAACUUUAAUGAAGGUAAAUACAUUACAUUUAGCAUGCUCAUAUUCUGUGCUGUUUGGAUCACUUUCAUCCCAGCUUACAUCAGUUCACCUGGGAAGUACACAGUAGCUGUAGAAAUAUUUGCUAUUUUAUCUUCUAGUUUUGGUUUGCUUUUCUGCAUUUUUGCUCCCAAAUGCUAUAUUAUAUUACUGAAACCUGAGAAGAAUACAAAAAAGCAUUUAAUGGGUAAAAUGCCCUCAAAAUCACUUUGA